AUGAGGACGCUCCUUCUGCUGUGGGGAGCUGCAGCCUUUCUGCAGGGAGGCCGGGUGACUUCGGGGACACUGGGAACAGUGAAACCCAGCUCCCCGAAGGCCGUGAGCUUUGAGUGGCAUCAGGACGCAGUCACGGUGACGUGUCCUGACCUGUGGUACAAGAAUCUCCUCUAUGAGGUCCAGCACCAGAGCACCUUUGAUUCCAAGUGGCAGUCUAAAGAAAGAGACACCUGCAAUGUCACCAUAGAAGGCUUGGACUCCGAGAACUGCUACUCUCUGCGGGUGAGGGUGAAGGCCUCAGAUGUCGCCUACGGGUCAGACACGUACCCCAGCGACUGGUCGGAGGUGACGCACUGGCAAAGUGGAGAGCGUACGGAUUCAUGCUCAGAGACGCAAAAGCCUCCCCAAGCAAAGCCACCCAAAUUCACUUUAAAUUCCAGCCUGGCUCUCCUGUUGAUGCUGCCUCUUCUCCUCCUGUCUUUAUGGAGAUUAUGGAGACUGAAGAAAUGUCUCAUGCCCAGCGUGCCAGACCCGAAAUGCACCUUCCCUGGCCUCUUUGAGAAGCACGAAGGGAACUUCCAGGAAUGGAUCAGAGACACCCAGAACUUGGCCCGCUUGAGCGGCCUGCCGGGCGGGGAGCCAGACGCCGGCCUUGAGGAGCCCGUGGUGCUCCAGCUGACCAGUACCGAGCCCGAGCCACCCAGGAGCAGCGGCCCACAGACCGGGGAGACCGAGGCCCCUGGGAGACCCCUGCAGGUUCCCCAGCAGCCCCUCCAAGGCGGUGAUGUGGUCACUCUUGCCGGCUUUACCUUUGUGACGAAAGACAGCUCCUACGUGGCGUUAUGA